ACAACUUGGGUUGUGCCUCCAUCAGGUUUGAGUUUAGAAAUAUCCCAGCAGAAGAGAGAAGAAGAUCUGCUGAAUUAAGAUUCCUCUGCGCGCUGUUGGGAGGACAGCUUUUGAUUUGCCGUGCGGCUCCGGCUUCUGCAGCGCUGCGUCGUGGUGACCGGGGAUACCAGUGCGCGCACAGUGUGCUCUUUCACAGUUUGGACUGGACCUGUUUUGUUUUGGUGCGCGCAAUGAUGGCCACUUACCAAAGCACGGAGGAUGACGCAAUGGCCUUAAUGAUCCACGACACCAACACGACCAAGGAGAAAGAGCGUCCGAAAGAGGAGCCGGUGCAGGAGAAAAUCUCGGAGAAGCCAGACCCGUCCCAGAAGCCGCCGUACUCCUACGUCGCGCUCAUUGCCAUGGCCAUCCGCGAGAGCUCGGAGAAGCGUCUCACGCUGUCUGGCAUUUACCAGUAUAUCAUCAGCAAGUUUCCCUUCUACGAGAAGAACAAAAAGGGCUGGCAGAACAGCAUCAGGCACAACCUGAGCCUCAACGAAUGCUUCAUCAAGGUUCCCCGGGAGGGCGGCGGGGAGAGGAAGGGGAAUUACUGGACACUGGACCCGGCCUGCGAGGACAUGUUUGAAAAGGGGAACUACCGGAGACGGCGCAGGAUGAAGCGGCCUUUCAGACCCCCGCCGACCCACUUCCAGCCGGGGAAGUCCUUGUUCGGAGGAGACAGCUACGGCUACCUGUCGCCGCCCAAAUACCUGCAGUCCAGCUUCAUGAACAACUCCUGGUCGCUGGGCCAGCCGCCCGCCCCCAUGUCCUACACGUCCUGUCAGAUGGCGAGCGGCAACGUGAGCCCGGUGAACGUCAAGGGGCUGUCCGCGCCCUCAUCCUACAACCCUUACUCCCGAGUGCAGAGCAUGGCGCUGCCCAGCAUGGUGAACUCUUACAACGGCAUGGGUCACCACCACCACCCGGCGCACCCGCACCAUGCGCAGCAGCUGAGCCCGGCCACCGCCGCGCCGCCGCCGGUCUCCUCCAGUAACGGAGCGGGCCUUCAGUUCGCGUGCUCCCGUCAGCCCGCGGAGCUCUCCAUGAUGCACUGCUCUUACUGGGAACACGAGACCAAACACUCUGCGUUACACACGAGGAUUGAUAUUUAAAGUUUACAAACGAAAAUGCUCUGUGCGAAACGACAGAAAAAAAAACAAAACAAAUGAAGACUCUAAACCAGUGCGAGUUGAUUCCUGUGAUUUCAAAGCAAAAAGCCAACAGUAUUUUUGAAGAGACCUCCGUGACGAGCUGUUUGGGUCCAGCUGACAUCCACGAGU